GCGUAGCGGCGGUUUGGAGUGAGGGUGGUUCGUUGAACUGAAAGCUGUGCGGAGUGCUGCGGCUCAAGGCCUGCAGUGGAGCCCAGUGUCCGGUGGGAAUCCGGGGCUGGCCAGGUUAGGUUUCCAGGGAUGGAUCGCGUGUGGAGUGCGUGGUGCGGGAAGUGCGUCAAAGAGAAAGGGUCGUCGCCACUUUGGGCCCAGCGCAUCGUGGUCGCCUGGCUUAGUAGGGCCGAGUGGGAUCAGGUGACGGUGUAUCUGUUUUGUGACGACCAUAAAUUGCAGCGGUACGCCCUGAACCGCAUCACCGUGUGGAGGAGUAGGUUAGGCAACGAACUCCCCCUGGCAGUGGCUUCUACUGCUGACCUGGUACGCUGUAAGCUCAUGGAUGUAACUGGUGGCUUGGGCCCUGAUGAACUUAGACUGCUCUAUGGCAUGGCGUUGGUCAGGUUUGUGAAUCUUAUCUCAGAGAGGAGGACAAAGUUUGUCAAGCUCCCUCUCAAGUUCCUGGCUCAGGAGGUAAACAUCCCGGAUUGGAUUGUUGAACUUCGCCAUGAGUUGACCCACAAGAAAAUGCCCCAUAUAAAUGACUGCCGCAGAGGCUGUUAUUUUGUUCUGGAUUGGCUCCAGAAGACCUACUGGUGCCGCCAGCUGGAGAACAGCCUGAGAGAGACCUGGGAGCUGGAGGAGGAUAGGGAAGAGACAGAUGAAGAAGAUCAAGAGGAAGAUAAAAAUAUUGUUGUUGAUGACAUCACAGAACAGAGACCAGAGCCUAAGGAUAAAGGGAAAGGUGCAGAACUGGAUAUCAGGGUUGAUGGACAAAGUGAAGGCAACAAAGAGGUUGAUUCACAUUUGGAAAAGGCUCUGAGGCAUAAAGAGCUGUAUGAAAGAGCCCGAGAACUGCUGGUGUCAUACGAAGAGGAGCAGUUUAAGGUUCUGGAGAAAUUUAGGCAUUUGCCUCAGGCUGUUAAGGCUUGGAACAACCUGUCUCCACCUGUGGAAGGCAUCCUGGCAGAGCUCAAGGCCAUUACAUGUGAGAACAGGAUACUGCUAGUUCCGAAGAUGUUUUUAUCAGUGUCUGCCCAUCCUAGGCUUCUUGGCACCCUUCAGCAAAGGCCACCUCAACAGCUAGGGGAGGCUGUGUUGGAUGCUUUUCUGGAUGAUGGCUUUCUCAUCCCCACAUUUGAGCAGUUGGCAGCUUUGCAGAUAGACUAUGAAGAAAACGUGGACCUGAGUGACAUCCUGGUGCCAAAGCCAUUCUCUCAAUUCUGGCAGCCUCUGCUCAGGGGCCUGCACUCCCAGACCUUCACGCAGGCCCUGCUGGAGAGGAUGUUCUCCGAGCUGCCAGCUUUGGGGGACAGCGGGAUCCGGCCCACCUACAUCCUCAGAUGGACCAUUGAACUGAUUGUGGCUAACACCAAGUCUGGACGGAAUGCCCGCCGAUUCUCUGCAAGCCAGUGGGAAGCGAGAAGGAGCUGGAGGCUAUUCAACUGCUCUGCCUUCCUUGACUGGCCCCGGGUGGUUGAGUCCUGCUUGGGCUCACCUUGCUGGGCCAGCUCCCAACUCCUUCAGCUUGUCUUCAAAGCCAUGGGACAGGUCCUGCCAGACGAGGAGCAGGAGAGGCUGCUGCACAUCUGUUCCAUUUAUACCCAGACUGGAGAGAACAGCCUAGUACAGGAGGGCUCAGAGGCCUCCCCCAUUGGGAAGUCUCCGUACACACUGGACAGCCUGUAUUGGAGCCUCAAACCAGCUGUUUCCUUUGGAAUUGAAGGAGAACCCCAGCCGCAGGAGGAGCAGGGCAGCCUUAAUGAACUCAAGAAAGAUGAAAAGGAGGAGAAAGAUCUGGAAGAUAGGGUGGAGGAGGAAGAAGAGGAAAAUGAUGACCAAAAGUGGGAGGAGGAAGAUGAAGAUGAUGAGGAGGAGGAGGAAGAAGAGGAAGAAGAGGAAGAUAGAAUGGAGGUGGGGCCUUUCUCUACUGGGGAGGAGUCUCCCACGGCUGAGAAUGCCAGGCUCCUGGCCCAGAAAAGAGGAGCUUUGCAGGGCUCUCCAUGGCAAGUUAGCUCUGAAGAUGUACGAUGGGAUACCUUCCCCUUAGGCCUAAUGCCAGGUCAGACUGAGGACCCAGCAGAGCUUAUGCUGGAGAAUUAUGACACCAUGUAUCUUUUGGACCAGCCUGUGUUAGAGCAGCGGCUGGAACCCCCAACAGGCAAGACUGGCACCCUCGGCUUGAGCUGUGGCGCGGGCAGUGACAACUGCAGCAACAGUAGCAACGGCAGCAGCAACUUGGAGGGCCUUCUCUGGAGCCAGGGCCAGCUGCAUGGACUCAAAACUGGCCUGCAGCUCUUCUGACGCUCACUCUGGUUCAAGGUGUUAGUCCACCCCUGCCGGGGCAACAGCCCAUUCCCUGCCCCUGUUGUCCCCCGGCUCCCGGCCCCCACCAGUGCACCUGAUGCUCCAUGAAACAACCUGGGAGACAGCCCACAUCAGCCGUAUCAGCUCAGCUUUCUGCCACAGUGGAAUUUGGAAUAUGUUUUUUUUUUAAUUUUGUUUUGAAAAACAAUAAACAGGCAACUGUCA